AUGAAUGGCCUACCUUCAAUGAGGAUCGAAGCCGUAGCAAAGCGCGUCCCUGAACUGCGUCAAACAACGGAUUAUGGCCCUUUAACAGGACCAGAGAUGCAAUCUGCAAAACAAGCACUGAUACGAAACCAUCAAUUAUCAGUGCUCUCCGGCGACUAUAUUAAAUCUAUGAGCAAGACUCUGAAAUUAUUCCAAGACAACGAUGGAAUUUGGCGUGCCAGAGGACGGCUCGGCAAGUCAUCAUUAAGCGACAGUGCGAAAUUUCCCAUUUUUAUUGGCCUAAAAAGCGAACUUGCCUCAAAAAUUAUCAACCAUGCUCACGGAAAAUACCAUCGCGGAGUCGCACACAUCAUGUCCACAGUGCGGGAGACAUUUUGGAUCCCCAAGUUACGCCAGCAGGUUAGAACAGUUGUUAUGUGCUGUAUAAGAUGCAGGCGUUUUAAUGGGUUUCCAUAUACCUACCCUGAAAUGUCAGACGUGCCGGCUCAAAGAAUACAAAAAACACGCCCAUUCGAAAACAUCGGCCUUGACUUUUUUGACCUUCCACAAACAAGAGAAGGAGACUCCUUCAGAAAAGCUUAUGGCUGUAUCUUUACUUGCGCCGUUACACGAAUGAUUCAUCUAGAAGUUUUGCGAAGUAUGAGUGCAGAAGAUUUCUUGAAUGCGCUUAGGCGAUUUUUUGCGCGUCGAGGCAUUCCUAGCCUAAUUAUCUGCGACAAUGCGCCUACAUUUUCUCAAAGCGCCGAAAUCUUGGGUAGUGUGAUUAAAGAUAGCUCACUAAACGACGUUCUAAGUAACAAUACCAUCGAGUGGAAGAACAUAACUCCAUACGCGCCGUGGCAAGGGGGUCUUUAUGAACGGCUCAUAAAGUCUAUAAAACGCGCCUUGUACAAAUGUAUUGGAAGAGCGAAGCUGUCUUUAUAUAACCUCGCAACCAUCAUAACGGAGAUCGAAGCCACACUCAAUACAAGGCCGCUAACCUAUCAGGAAUCUGACUGUGACGUAUUCACCUCCAUAAGGCCGAUAGACUUCAUCCAAAAGAACAUAGAGGUUACCUGCCCCUUUAAAAACAUCGACAGCGACAAUGUUGAUCCGGAAUACCAUCCCUCCGCCGAGCUUGCAAGCUUAGAAACACGAAGGCAAACGGUGAAAGCGCUACAAUCUUCCAUCAAAAUUAAGGAACGCUUCUGGAAUAUUUGGCGAGAUCACUAUCUGAAUAGCCUUAGGGAACACCAUCGAACGCGAUUAUCUCAGCAUCGCACAAGUACUACAGUGCUGAGAAAAGGCGCGGUGGUUCUAAUAAGCGACCCAGUUCUACCUCGUAAUGACUGGAAAAUGGCACGUAUCACUGACACAAAACAAAGCUCAGAUGGGGUCAUAAGGGAAGUUGAAUUAAUCACUUCUACUAGAAGGAAGAUCAGGCGACCAGUAAAUCUCGUCAUUCCACUUGAAUUGGGUGACACAUAUAAUGGUACCUACGAAGAGGGCAAAAAUUUCGAAGUUUGCGAAGAGAAUGCGAACCAAGAUACCCGCUAUGAUUUUUGCCCACGAAAAAACAUAAACUAUAGCGAGAAUUCGUUAGCCAAUACAGCGUCUGCGACAUCUCCUGGGUUCUUAUUCUCACCCAAAUUUUCUCUUCUGAUAUUGACUUUGCUUAUGCUUUGUUUCCCAUCACUAUCUCACCCAAUCCUCGAAUCACUUAGUAUGGAGUGUCAUAAAAACGGCAUACUGGUAAAAAAUACUAACGCAGCAGAUUUUGAAAUUUGCAUAGAAGAUGAAUGCAAGCUCUACACCAAACCAUCUUUGUGA